ACUAUCGACGGGGCUCUAGGAGAACCCUGGCCAUGCAUGGAAUCCUCACCACAGCUCUCCCAAUGGUACCUGAUGAUCCCCACGUGACAGACGAUGAAGCUAAGGUCACCCCGCUAGAAGCUGCUAAAGAAGAUUAAAUCGUGGUAUGAAAAGCGCCUAGGGCUUAAAAUAAAUGAGGAGAAAGGCAAGUCAUUUCAGAAAUGUCCAGGAAGCAAACUGAACCUCUCCAGUGCAAAUUGCAGAACAUGCUGGAGCAACUCCUGAUCCACCAGCCCAAGGACCCCAUCCUGUUCAUGAUCAGUCACUUGCAACGAGACAACAAUAAUGUGCCGAAGAUUGUAAUAUUAGGUCCACCCGCCUCGGGGAAAACAACUAUAGCAAUGUGGCUGUGCAAACAUCUCAACAGCAAUCUUCUCACCGUGGAGAACCUGAUAGGAAGAGAAUUUUCCUCUCUGGCUGCGGGUGCCAGGAGGCAUUACCAGAACGUGACGAAGGUGCCCAGCACCCUGCUCGUCAGACUGAUUCAGGAACGUGUGAGUGAGGAGGACUGCAUCAGGCGGGGCUGGAUUCUGGAUGGCAUUCCUGAAACUCGGGAGCAGGCCCUGAUGAUCCAGACCCUCGGGAUCAUCCCCAGACACGUCAUUGUGCUGAGCUCUCCAGACACCGUCCUGAUUGAGAGAAACUUGGGGAAGAGAAUCGACCCUCAGACGGGAGAGAUUUAUCACACCACCUUUGACUGGCCCCCCGAAGCGGAAAUCCAGAACCGGCUGGUGGUGCCAGAGGGCAUCUCAGAGCUGGAGACGGCACGGAAGCUGCUGGAAUACCACAGGAACAUCAUCAGGAUCCUUCCGGCUUACCCCAAGAUCCUAAAAGUCAUCAGCGCCGACCAGCCGUGCAUGGACGUCUUCUACCAGGCUCUGACCUAUGCCCAAACCAGCCAUCGAUCUAAUGCCCCGUUCACCCCGCGGGUGCUGCUUUGCGGGCCCGUGGGCAGUGGGAAACGUCUGCAGGCUGCCCUCCUGGCCCAGAAAUACGGCCUCGUCAACGUCCACUGUGGGCAACUGUUGAAAGAGGCAGUAGCAGACAAGUCAAAAGUCGGCGAGCUCAUCCAGCCCUAUUUUCAAAAGAAGAUGGCAGUCCCUGACAGCAUCAUCAUGAAGGUGCUGGACCAGAGGCUGAGCCAGCAGGACAGCGUUCAGAAGGGGUGGGUGCUGCACGGCUUCCCGAGAGACCUGGACCAGGCGCACAUGCUGCACAGCCUGGGCCACCAGCCCAGCAGGGUGUUUUUCCUGAACGUGCCAUUAGAUUCUAUCAUCGAGCGGCUGACCCUGAGAAGAAUGGAUCCCGUCACGGGAGAAAGGUACCACCUCGUGUACAAGCCGCCCCCGACCGUAGAAAUCCAGGCCCGCCUCCUGCAGCACCCGAAAGACACUAAAGAGCAGGUCACGCUCAAAAUGGAUCUGUUCUACAGGCAUUCCUCGGACCUGGAGGAGUUCUACAGACAGGCCAUCGCCAUCAACGGGGACCAGGACCCGUACACGGUCUUUGAAUACAUAGAGAGUGGGAUCAUUAACCCCCUGCCCAGGAAAGUCCCCUGAUGGCCUCCCAGGGAAACAAAGUCAGCCCCCACCCCAACCUCCCGAAACCUCAGCCAAGCCAAUAAAGCGUGCUGGGUGCAG